CAGCAGAUCAGCAAAAACACCAACAAAUAGUAAACAAAACAAAGCAAAGCCAGUCAAAGUUGUGCAAAGUUAAAUAAUGCGGAAUGCAAUUAUUGGACUUAAAUACCGAUUGUUUAUUGAAAAUCUUUAAUUAUUGUGAUGAAAAAGAUUUAAUAAAUCUAUCACGGGCCCAUCGUACACUCCACAAUGUAAUCGAUAACAAUAUAUUCCAUAAAUUAACACUGGAUCUGCUAAUGUGUGGCCAUCGCCAUCAACCAGACAUAAUAAAACGCACCCAUUCCUAUUUAUCCUAUGCCAAUCGUUUGAAAAUUGCUAGAAACUGGCUAAAUGGCUGUUAUCGUGAGCAGCAAUAUUUCCAUCGUUCCAAAAUGUUUGCCACCAAAUUGCAUUUGGAACGUAAUUGGCUAUAUGUUUCCUAUGCUGGUUACCUUAGUCAACAUAAACGCCUAAAGGCCGAAGCUUUGCAAAGACGUUAUCAUCAGGAAAUCACCACCAGCAACCGUGCCGACAUUGCCGACUUUAUAAAAAAGAAUGAUAGCAUUUUCGCCGGACGCGUAACGGGCAGUUGUUUUAUUUAUGAAGAUGGCUAUGCCUAUGAACAACAAUUACACCCACCCAAAGAGUAUUUACGCUGUGUGGACUUUGCUGGUCAAAUGUAUGCCACCAGCACGGAUAAUUUUGGUAAAAUAUGGCGUCGUGAGGAGGAGUUGGGUUUGAUUAAUUUGGAUUUGGUGAAAAAUUUAAAACAUUCUUAUAAGACUAUGCGUUUUAAUGCUGCAGGAGAUCGUUUGUUUGGUGGUCUUUAUACUUCCACCUCUAGACGUGCCUUGCAAGAAAUUGACUUGGAAAGUGGUUGCGAACAGGCUCUCAAUUCCAAUACUAUAUCCAUUUAUGAUCUCAAACUAAAGGAUGAAAAUACUCUCUUCACCGCCAACUUUGAUACCAGUUUUCGUCUUUAUGAUCGUCGUUCGGAUCGUGAUGAAAUGAUUUGGGAAGAUCCUUUUGAUUCAUCAUUCUUUUGCCUUGAAUAUGAUGGUCUCUAUGGGGUAUUGUGUGGCACUAAAUAUCACAGUCGUGUUAAUCUCUAUGAUAUACGUAAACCAGACAAACACAUGCAAUUGUAUUUUCCCCAAAUCAAUCGAAGACGUCGUGCUAAUGGAGGAGGAGAAUUUAAAUCAUCACCCGUUUAUAGUUUGGCCUGUGAUUGUCGUUAUUUAUUUGUGGCCACUGAUCAUAAUGUUCAUGUACUUGAUUUUAAAGUAGACUGUGCUGUGAGCCGGGAUUAUCGUGAUAUAUUCCGACAAAUGUAUCGUAUUUAAAGUAUUUUAUGCCAUUUUAUUAUAACAUAUACAUAUAUAUAAUGUUUCCUCUUGAAUGUAUUCUAAUUAUUAUUUUUAUGUUUUUAAUGGUUUUUUUUGUUUUAAUAAAGACUACCACCCCCUGUUUCAAAA